AUGGAUGAAAAGGGCUUGGAGAUCGACGAGUAUACACAGUCAGCUUUGACUCGAAUGUACAUAGACGCGAGAAUGGUUGAGAAGUCAUGGUUGUGGUUCAUGAGGUUCCACCGAACUGGAAAUAUGACCUCUGAAUGCUAUUAUGACAAUAUUGAUGCAUAUGGAGUUGGACGGAACGAAAGGUUCAACGAUGCUGUGGCGACGUUCAAGGAGAUGUUGGAUGACGACGUAGGAGUUAUGCCGGAUGAUUGCACAUUCAAAUCGUUAGGCCUUGUGUUGGUGAAAUGUGGUCUCUCGAAGCGGGCUGUUGCGAGGCUUGAAGCUGGGCUGAAGAAGGAUUACUAG